UUCGUAACAGUAGUAUAAAUUUGCAAUUUUCAACUUGUUCAUGGAUAGCUCAAAAAGUAUUUGACUUGUAGGCCUGAAAGUUUACAAGAAUGUUGGUCAGCAUGUGUACUUAUGCACCUUGGGGUUUGCUUGUGUAUUUAUUCAGUAUUUGAAAAGUUCUUGACCUUUACUUAGUAAAAGAUUUUUAGUUUUCAACUUGUGGCACAUGUAGUCCAAAAAAUAUUUGACCUAGAGUCAUAAGAUUGACAGAACAGUGGCGUGUGGGGCCACCCAUGUCCUAUGGACACAUUUCUAGUUUAUAUAAACAUAUCUAUGUACAUAUGUAUUAUAUAUAUUUUUUUCUUCUUCUGUAAAUGGCUUUGGCUUUAAAGGAUACCAAUGGUAGUACCUACAUUUAUGUGCCAUUAUUUACAAAGUGGCACAUAGCAUCUUCACUUUCAGUUAAUAAUGGAAGAAGCAUUUUUGGCUUUCUUCAACAAAUCAAACUUUGUUACCGUAUAACCAUAGCAAUUUUAGUAAAAAUAAAACAAAAAUAAUAUUUCAGAUGUCCGGAUGAUGUGUAUGCAACAUUACGAACAACGGCACAGAAUAACAUACAGAGAGAUGGUAUUCUAGCAACUCAGUUAUGUACACAUAAAGAAGAUGUCAACCAGAUAAAUAAUUUCCAGCUGAAAAAGCUAUCUGGACAGUCAAGGAAAUAUGAAGCAACAGACAGUGAUGCAGCCUACCUGAAACAGAUCAACUAUCUCUCUCCUGUGCCUGCCAUGCUUGAACUAACAGCUGGUGCCCAAGUCAUGCUAGCAAAGAAUGUAGAUGUAUCUCAGGGGUUAGUGAAUGGUGCAAGAGGUGUAGUUGUGGGGUUUGAAAAAGGAGGAGAAGGUUUACCAAUUGUAAAGUUUCUUUGUGGUCAAGAAGUGACAGUUAAACCAAUGAGAUGGACAUUCAAGUUGGCAGGAGGUGUUUUCUUCACCAGGAAGCAAGUUCCUUUGAAGCUUGCAUGGGCUAUAUCAAUACAUAAAAGCCAGGGUAUGACACUAGACUGUGUGGAAAUCUCUUUAUCCAAGGUGUUUGAAUCUGGCCAGUCGUAUGUAGCGUUAUCCCGUGCCAAGAACCUGGAAGGAUUACGGGUGCUUGAUUUUGACAAGAAAUGUGUCCGUGCUGAUCCAGAUGUACUCAGAUUUUAUCAUAGAAUGUCCCUGAGAAAAAAGAUGAUGGCAGGAAGUAUGGAACAGGAGAGUGCAAUGAAACAACAAACAUCUAUAAAACGACCAAAACAUUGGUGACAAACAUCAAUGAAACGACCAAAGCAUUGACGACCAACAUCAAUGAAACGAACAAAACAUUGGUGACAAACAUAGAUUUUGUUGGAACUUAUAUAAAAACUAUUUUUAAAACAUCUCUGGUAAUAUUCUUUAAGCAAUCAUUUUUAUGCCACCACAGCAUCUGUGAUGCGUUGGCAUAUAGCGAUUCACCGUCAAGUGUGUGUUUGUGUGCGUGUGUGUUAUAUUGUGAACUUGUAAAAAGUACUAGUCCUAUUUCAACCACACUUGCCAGGAUUGUUUCUUUGGUAAAUGGCUUCCAAAGUUGUUCUAAGAAUUUGAUUCCAUGCAGAAAUCUGGUUGCCUUUGCAAAUAGAAUGGAUAAUAAGA